UAUUAUAAUUUGUCAAACACUGCUGCGCGGAAUUGUGCGUGUCUGUGCAAGUUAAAACGUGCAUUACUGUUGGAUGUAUAAAAGUAGGUGCAGCUGUUUUUCAUUCAGUUGGAAUAGAAGUUGGAUUGAGUGAACUUGUGAGAUACAUAUGAUAAUGGCGUCAAAAAGGAAUGUGAAAAGCGUGAGAUUUGGUGACCCCGGUUAUGAAGAAAUAUUGGUGCAGUGGGCAGCUGAAUGUGAUGAUCUGCCUUCUGAAGAAAGUGAUGUGUCAGAAGCAGAAAAUGAUGACACAGAAGAUAGAAAUUUCGAAUUGGUUCCUGACGAGUAUUCUGGAUCCAGUUCUGAUCAUGGUGACGAUAAUUCAGAGGAUGAUGUUGAUGAUAUUGGUAAGCCUUCAACGAGCGGUUACAUUGCUCCAAGUGGUCUGGUAUGGAGUUUGGAACCUCCAGCAAAAAAUAAAAUUCAACCACACAACAUUAUUCGGCGUGCGCCAGGACUAGCAAGGAAACUCCAGUUAUUGUACAAGAAAUUGUGAACUGUACUAAUUUAGAGGGCAAACGUGUUUAUGGAGCAAAAGGAAAACCGUGGAAAGAUGUAACUGU